CCAAGAGGGAGAAGCAGAGGAAAGUGAACCAUGAGAGGAAACCUUACUAGUGUGUCAUCCCAAAACAUGGCGUUUAGCGACUGCAUGAAACCCACCGAGCUGCCCGCAGACAAGAAGGGGAUAAAGAGGAAAAACUGGAGAAACAGAAUACGAUUUCUUCUGAAGUCAAACUCUUCUCCUUCCAUACUGCAUCUGAUGAGAAACCGACCGUACAGGCCGAGCGCUGAUGACGUGAACCAAUGGGCGCAGUCGCUUGACAAACUGCUCAGUCAUAAAUAUGGAAAAGCCGCCUUUUGUAUCUUCCUGAAGUCCGAGUUCUGCGAAGAGAACAUUGAGUUUUGGACAGCCUGUGAGGAUUUCAAGACGCUCACGUCGCACAAAGAUCUGGUGUCCAAGGCCAACAACAUUUAUGAGGAAUUUAUUAAAAAUGAAGCUCCCAAAGAGAUAAACCUGGAUUACCACACCAAAAACGGCAUCAUCCAGAACCUCCAUGAGCCCACUGAAACUAGCUUCCUGGCCGCUCAAAGGAAAGUGUACAGCCUGAUGGAGAAUAACUCGUACCCCAGAUUUAUCCACUCUGCCCUCUACAGAGAACUGUGUGCAGCUGCCAGGGGAGAGGGCAAGCACAUUAAGUCCUAGUCAAACCAGACGCCCACUCCUGAAGUCAUUUGUUUACUGCUGUGACUGUGAAUAGACUGCAGAUAAUGUUCAUUCCAGACACUGCCUCAGUAUAAUAGAGCUGAAAGCAAAUUCAGAGCAUAAACAUUAGCAGAGGGUGUGUAAAAUGCAAAAAACUGAAACUAUUUUUAGUUGAUCCUGCUGAGAGCUUUCAACAAGGAAGCAGGGAUGAUUGGGAUGGAUUGCUGUGUGGUGCUACUGGCGGUACAGAGACCAUUGCUACCUGAUGGUUAGAUUUUCAUCACUGGAGCAUUACCUGCACUUUCUUUAUUACACCAGUUUUUGAGCAGUGAUGCAAUCCAAGAAAAUGCUGUUAUAAAGCCACUGCAUUCAAAGCUUCAAGUCCGUAUAACUGUGCAUCGCUUGCCUCACAUUAAACCGACAGUGCUGCCAGAAUGUAUUUUCUGUGAUGAUAUCCACUUGAAGACUCCGGACUGGAGUCAUUCACACUUCCUGUGUAGCCCGAGCCUUUAUUUUCCUGCUGUGUGUACAGCAGUUUUACACACAGAAGUGCAACUUUAAUUUAUUCAAUGACACCCACAGUUUCCACUGAUGGCUGCAUUUGGCCUGAAACUACUGUGACAAUGUUAUACACUGUAAAUAUUUUGAUAUUGCUCGAUAUGUUUAAAUGUUAAUGUAAGCUUGGCGCAGCUGGACUGCUUGUGAAAUAAAAUGUAUUGUUCGAUGCUGAAA